CAGCCCUUCUGUCAUCUCACUGCCACACUGCCUUCCAGCUCAGCCACACGUCUCUGUGACUCUAACCACCAGGAGUGGGGAUUUCCGAGAUUCCUCCCACACGGAGCAAGUACUCCCCACCUCACCUCCAAUCCACAGAACGCAUCCGGAUCCCACAGCAGGAUCAAAGCCAACAUUUCUCGGCUCCGUUUGCCCCAAUCGGAUCAGGAAGAGGUGAAUCCGAACUAAGGCUGCUGAUGCUUCAGAAUGAUGAUGAAAACCGUCCUAUUGAUGCUCCUCAGCAUCCCCCAGGGAGUUGUCUACUCAUGGUGGAAUGUCCGAACACCACAGAACAUCAUGGCCUCGGACGGUUCCUGUGUGCGGAUCCCCUGCAGCUUCGAUCAUCCAGCAAGCCAUCCGCUCACUGAGGUGAAGUGGUUGAAAGACAACAAGACUCAUGGGACCCUUGUCAUCAACUCCAAAAGGCAAUCAGACCCUCAGUUCCAGCAGAGAGCUCGCCUCUACCCACAGUGGGAAACUGAGAAAGACUGCAUGUUAACUAUUACUAAUGUGACCCGUAGGGAUGUGGGCCGGUACUACUUCAGAAUGGAGGACAGCAGUGGUGAGAAGUUUUCUGGACGAAAUGGAGUCCUGGUAAAUGUAUCAGUUGUGUCCAACUUGCCAAUGAUUUCCACACCCGAGGAGAUCACCGAGGGAGGGGCGGUGACGUUAACUUGCUCUGUGAGAUACGGCUGCCCAGGUCACCUGACAUGGACGGGUGCAGACGGAUUGGCUGAACAACCUUCAACAGAAGCUCAGAGCACGGACCUGAACGUCGAGUCAACCAGCCUCUCUCUGAGAUUUGUCGCUUCCUACCGGGACCACGGCAGGACGCUGAGCUGUGAGCAUUCGUCCUCACUGGGAAAACCUCCGUCCCAAACCAUCACCUUAAACGUGAAGUAUGCUCCCAGGUUUGCUCACCUCACCCUCUCUCCCUUCAAGACCAUCGGUUCCCAUGACUCUGUCACAUUGGAGUGUGUGGCCGGGGACAGUAACCCUCCAGUAACAGGAUACAGAUGGUAUCAGUCAAAUAGUGCAAGUUCCCAGACAUCAGGUCGAACAUAUCAGAUCUACAGAGCUUAUGAAGACACGGAGUACGGGUGUGAAGCCAUCAAUUCAGUAGGAAAAGCCGCCUCUGAGAGAACUAAACUGCCGGUGUAUGGGAGUAAUAACUGGGCAGUGUGGACCCCCCUCUCACUCCGUGCCCGGGAAGGGUCCUGUGUGAUCAUCCCCUGCCUGUUCCACAUUCCUGGAUUCAGAAGGAGAUACCCGACGGACGCUGGAAUCUGGUUCAAAGACCAGAAUUACAAAGGGACUCCAGUAUAUCACACUUCAAGUGGGAUCAGCGGGAAUUAUACAGGACGGGUCGAGUUCCUGGGAAACAUGCAGAGUGAAAACUGUUCAUUGAAGAUCGGGAAUUUAAAAGAAUCCGAUAGUGGGAAGUAUUAUUUCCGGAUGGAAGCAUCGGCUGGUAAAUGGUCGGAUCCAAUCGGUUUCACACUCCUGGUAUCUAGGAGUGCAGGGAGACCGGUGAUCGAGGUACCUGAGCGAGUGGUGGAGGGAGAAGCCGUAUCUCUGACCUGCUCUGUUCACACUUACUGCCCUGAGGACACUCCUGUGUUUGAGUGGCACCUCCCUGGUUUCAACGAUCCUCAGGUGACUGGGGAAGAAUCCCAGGUUUUCCAGGAUUACCACUGGAUUUAUUCCCACACUGUGGUGUACACACCAACGUCUGAGAAUUCCUGCCAGGCAGUGAAAUGUGCGGCCAACUUUGGAUCCGAGACACGAGAAACGGAGAUCUCACUGGAUGUGAAGAAUCCUCCUCGAAAUGUUACCAUCUCACUGUCAGUAAACGAGCGAACAGAUACUCAGAAUAUUAAGGAAGGGGACAGAGUUGUCCUCAAUUGUAACUCUGCCUCAGCUAACCCAGCAAUCAGUGAGUACACCUGGUACAAAGAUGGAACUCAAGUCUGGACAGAAAGGAGUAACAGCAUCCAGUUUCUAUCAAUAUCUCACACCAAUUACGGGACGUACAUCUGUCAGGCUUCCAAUGAAGUGGGCAGCAACCGGUCAGCGGAAUUCACAGUGACGGGCAAGGAUCCUCCUCGAAAUGUUACCAUCUCACUGUCAGUAAACGAGCGAACAGAUACUCAGAAUAUUAAGGAAGGGGACAGAGUUGUCCUCAAUUGUAACUCUGCCUCAGCUAACCCAGCAAUCAGUGAGUACACCUGGUACAAAGAUGGAACUCAAGUCUGGACAGAAAGGAGUAACAGCAUCCAGUUUCUAUCAAUAUCUCACACCAAUUACGGGACGUACAUCUGUCAGGCUUCCAAUGAAGUGGGCAGCAACCGGUCAGCGGAAUUCACAGUGACGGGCAAGGCUCGACCUCUGGGCGUUCACAUUGAGUACCACGUCAAUGGCGUACAGCUCAUAGCGCCAGCAACUAUGAGAGAGAAUGAUCAGCUGACUCUGACCUGUGUCAGCACCAAGAGUGACCCACCGGUCUCCAGUUACUCCUGGUUACUAAACGACUGGAGUAAGGUGAGCCAAAAUCAGGAGCUGCGGUUUGACAGGAUUAGCCGACAAGAGAACAGCAAGAGAUAUGAAUGUCAGGCUCAUAAUGAGAUUGGAACAGGAAGCUCGGAGACCAUCACCAUCCACGUACAGUACGCUCCCACCAACGUGAGAAUCACAACUCCCGCUGGUGCUCCUGUUGGUCAGUCCAUCACACUGUGGUGUGAAUCUGAUGCCAACCCAGAGCCAGACAACUACAGAUGGAGGAAGGAGUGUGGUUCUUCAUCAGUUUAUCUGCAAUGUUAUUCUCAGUAUUGUCAUCUGUGGAUUACAUGGGCGGACAUCUCCUGUGAUUAUUACUGCACUGUGAGGAAUUCCAUCGAUGAAAAGGAAUCUCCACCCAAACGCAUCAAUGUACAGUAUGAACCCAAAGAUGUGGAAGUCCUGUCCAAUGAUUCUGUGGUCGAGGGAUCACAGGUUACGUUACGAUGUGAGAGUGUCGGGAAUCCACCUGCAGACACCUACCAGUGGAAGAAGGUGUGUUCCGGGACGGAGAUGAGACUCGAAGGACCCACACGUGAGCUUCGGAUCCAGGUCUCAAUCGAGGAUGAGUCCUGUGACUAUUAUUGCAGAGCUGGGAAUGUGAUUGGAGGUCAGGAUUCCGAACCCAAAAGUUUCCACAUUCAGUCUCAGGGACGGCUAUCCAAGGCGUCAGUCAUUUCAACGGCUUUGAAAGGGGCUCUGUUUCUUUUCACCUCAGUGGCUCUGAUCUGUUUCCUUAAGAACCGCAGGAAUACCAGGAAACCAACAGAAAAAGCAGAAAGGCCUGUGUCAGAGCAUUUGUAUGAAAUGGUCUUGAUGAGUCGCGGGGGAGUCAAGGUGGAAGAAUCAAUGAAAGCUCCACAAUAAUCCAGACUCAGUGCCAGAGAUCCGGCUGCCACAGCUUGUCCCAGGUGAUCGUAUGUCUCCCAUUUCACAAUGCCGCCCUCUCCGUGAUGUCAGAACAACAAUCUUACACUCAGCCUCAGCAAGUCCAAGGAACUGACUGUGAACUUCAGGAAGGGGAAGUCGGGAGAACACACUCCAGUCCUCAUCCUGGGGUCAGCGGUGGAAAGGCUGAGCAGCUUCAAGUUCCUGGGCAUCAACAUCUCUGAGGAUCUGUUCUGGACCCAACAUGUUGAAGCAAUGAGGAAGGAGGUGACUACCGGCUCUAUUUCAUCCGGAGUCUGAGUACAUUACUCUGUGCAGCUACCCCAGGGGAGGGAUUGUGGAAGGAACUGUCAAUAUUUUGGGACUGACCGUGAAGGGGAGAGAGUAUUGAGGGUGAGUGGCAUGUUGGUGUAUUUGGUGGGAUGGUGGGAGAGGGUUUGGAUGAUAGGCGGAGUGAGCUGGAUAGGAGAGGGGGAGGCAAAUUCAAAGUCCGGAGGAAACUCAAGGAACACCACCUCAUAUUCUCCCCAUGCAUAUUCCAUCUACAGGUAACUCUAUCACCUUCCAAUCCCUCUCCCGUCCUAUUUUGUCCUCCUUCCCCUGACCCCCACAGCCUUCCUUCACCCAUCCACCCACCCGUUUCACUCCCUGACUCCGCUCCCUCCUCCCCAUCUAACACUGGUUCUGUUUGCCUUUCCCCUUCCCCCAAUGGUUCCCAUUAUCACCUUUAUUACUGAUCAGAUUCCAGCACCAGUGGAGAGAGUCUUGAAUGUUGCAGCUACUCUCAUGUUGUCUUGCAGAGAGUAUUCAAUUGCACUCCUGUGUCCGGUUGACAGUGGCUUUGGGAUCAGGAAGUGAGAGACUCACCACAGGGUAACAGUCCCAGACCAACCCCACCAUAUGUGGAUGGUCGAGAUGAGUGUCUGGUGAUCACCCCCAGAAUGUUCAGGGUACGGUAAGUGAUGAUGACAUCGCCUUGAACAUCCUGAGGGGCGUUGAAUGUGGGGCCAUCACUGAUGCAAGGGGUAGCAGGUCAGACUCUCUCUGGUUGUAGGUGGUCAUUUCCUGGCAUCACGUUGGACAAAUGCCACUUGCCACCUGACAGUUUUGGGGAACACUCGGGUGCCAUCCCUGUCCCGAAUGGGGUUGAAUAUCUAGGAUGCUUGGAGCUCAACUCAUCUCUCUAUAGACCGAUGGGGUGAGUUCUAAUCCACCUUCAGAUUCUCCUGAAUGGGCUUUUUGUACAAAGAACAGAUCUCCGAAAGUUCCUCUCCAUGGCCCUUCACUUUAUUGUCUGCUUGCACUGCACUUUCUCAGCAGCUGUAGCAUUUAUUCUGCAUUCUGUAAUUGUUUUUUCUUUAAUACUACCUUGAUGUUCUGAUGUAUGGAAUGAUCUGAAUGGCUGGCAUGUAAACGAAGCUUUUCACUGUAUCCUUGUACAA